CAUCUAAAAUCAUUUACAUAGCUUGAGAAUCCCACCACAAUUAUUUAAUCAUCUUGGUAAGACAUUAUCAAUAAUUAUUAGGACCAUACCCGCUAAUUUUCUUCACAAACUCAGUUCCCUUGGAUUUUCCUAAAAUGUUCACUACAAUUUGUGAGAAUUACGGGUUAACAGUUGUCGAAUUCACAAUUUUAUGAAUAAACAUCACCACACUCGCUCAACGACAACGUAGCAUCUGAUGCACAAUUCAACUAUUUACGAGCACAUUCUCACAAAUAUCUUACGAGCACCAUAACCCAAAGUUGCCUUCCCUUUCUGAACAAAUGUACCUUUUAAGUACACCUUUGAGCAUCGGAAUGCUAGCUAGUCGUUGCGAGAGUUGGUAAAACAAAUUAAAAUAAAAAUAAACUUAUUACUGGAUUUGCUCGUAAAUACUGCAACUCUUUUCGGUGCCCAAAACAAAGGAAAGAACUGAAAAAACUGCAAACUGCAAUUCCUCAUUUCCCAUGAAUGAUUAAUGUAAUUUAAUAAAUUCCUCACCACCUCAUAGGUUAUGACUCAUGAUGGAAAAACCCUAUCCACUACUGCUCCAUGUCCUUGGGAACCAGCAAUCACAAACCCUAACCCCCCUGAAUUCAUUGAUAUUCUUUCAUACCAUGGAUUUUUAAUUUUUAUAACAGGAUCACCAUUGAUACGAGUGAUUCGAUAGUUACAUAUGCUACUCCGAUCGCAUGAAUAUUCAGCAAAUUUAUAACAGUCGACGAAACGGGCUUUAUAAUUAUACUUAUGGACAGUGAAAAAUUGAACUCGAAAACACAUAAUACCAAUCCCUGCCGUACCCGGUAUAUACUCUUCAGAGAUUGUUAUUUAUAAAUUCCUUCACCCUCCCCAGGUUUUCUUCACCAAAUAAAAAAACCCAACCCUACAGCCAGCCUUCUCUCUGGCAGUGGGUGAUGACUUCUUCAAGCCUGUAUAUUAUAAUGAGCUAUACAGAUGGUAUCAAAAAAUAUUUAUUAUCCAUGAGAUUUUCUUAAAAAAAGAACAAAUUAGAAUUCUGAGCCCCACCUCCAUGCCUAUAAGUUCACAGCUCCCAUUGUUGCACCAAACCCUAAAAAAAAAGAAAGAAAGCAGCUCCCUUUCCCCCCACCAGCAAGCCUUCUUCUUCUUCACCAACCUGAAGAAAAAAUGGAGUGCAAGAAGUCCAACAAGAUCACAGAAAUCGUCAGGCUGCAACAAAUCCUCAAGAAAUGGAGAAAGGCAGCCAACUCAUCCAAGCCUCCCACCACCACCAACACCGCCACCACCUGUUCCACUACAACCGGGACUGCCACCACCACCAACAACAACAACAGCAGCGGCGGCGGCAGCAAGAGCAUAAAGUUUCUGAAGAGGACUCUGUCACUGUCAGAGAGCAGCAGCAGCAGCAAUGCUAGCAGCGACAAUGGCACGGUGCCAAAGGGUUACCUGGCGAUCAGCGUCGGGCUGGAGCAGAAGCGGUUCACCAUCCCGACGGAGUACCUGAGCCACCCUGCAUUCCACAUCCUGCUCAGGGAGGCGGAGGAGGAGUUCGGGUUCCAGCAGGCUGGAGUCCUGAGGAUCCCCUGCGAGGUCCCGGUGUUCGAGAGCGUGGUGAAGAUCGUUGAGGAGAAGAAAGAUGGUGCUCUCUGCUUCAUGCAGCAGCAGCAGGAUUGCAGGUUCGACUUUGAAGAUGGUGCAGCAGCAGCAGGAGCAGGGUAUGGCUACUGUUCAUUGCCGGGGCAGCAGUGUAGUACUCCUGCUCAUCACCCUCAAAGCCCUAUGUGCAGAUGAUUUGCUGUUAAUGCACUGUCAUUCUUCUUCUUCUUCUUCUUCCCCUUUUCUUGUGUGACCCUUCCACUUUUUUCUUCUUGUUGGAUGAGGUCAUGUAAUAGGUAGAGAGAGAGAGAGAGAUCCUGCGGGAGGUAGUUCAAUAACUUUAAUUCUUCAAUGUCUUAGGAGAGAGAGGAUGAGAUAUCCUUGUAAAAGAGAUCACUGUUCUGAAAAAUCUGCAGAAACAGCCCAGAUAAUAUAUCCAUCUGUUGUUAUUCACAUAUCGGUUUCUGCUCUAUUACUAGUUGUUAUGGCUAAUAUGAUAUAUCAGAGACUCAGGGCAGGUCACCAAACAAACAUGCAAGACUCUCCAAGUAACUUCGUUUCAGGCUGAUGGUAAUGUACGAAUGAUAACAUCCACCAUCGCUACUUUGUGCUCGAGCCAAGCCAACAAUUACCUGUAAAAAAACUAAGCAUUUUCUAUUAAAUAGAGGGUAAAAUCUGAACAAAGGUAAUCCAUCAAAAGAUUCCUACUUCCUAGCAUUCAACAACCUGACUCUAGAUUUUUCAGACUGCCAAGUUGAGAACCCUGAAAACCUAGGGAAAACCCCACCUCCCAAUUGUUAAAUCACUCUUCAUCAGAAAUUCCGUGCCACCGACAUCUUCGUAAUAAACCGACUUUAUGCAGUUCCAGACACUUUCAAUCUGAUACUGGGGAGAUGGGGUAAAUGCAGCAAGAACAACCAAAAUGCUACAUGACAUUGAGAUCUAAUUCCACAUAACCAACCAUAUUAAACCGCAGGGUUCGCAAGUUUCGAUUCCAUUGUUGGAGUAGUAAGGAUGUCAUUACGCCCUGUGAUUACAACCUUUGGAUGCAUACAUGAAAAUAAUCUAACGUCUAUGAACUGCAGGACGUCGAUCCAUCCAGCGACCGCCCAGUUCUGCAAAAUUUGAACUAAAGUUCUGGAAUUCUUUAGGGCACGGAUUGUUUUGAAAAACACACGUUACUGCACUUGGAUCAUAAACAUUUCUUAUUUUGAGGUGGUCAACCAUUGGUACCGAUGAUAAGUGGGAGUACAGUACAGCAUCCAAUGCAAUUUGAAUACGGAAACCUGUACAGCAGCAAGAUGCAUAAUUACAGCAGCUACACUAGCUUAGUGCACAAAUCAAGCUCGUGCCUAGAAUAAUCAUCCAUUUGCAGAGCAUUCACAUGUAUAAUCACAUGGGGUGGGAGGGAGAGACCACGAAAUGACACGCCGAAUCCCUCUCAAGGUCUUCACCAUGAUUGGCCCCAAAUGAAAGAAAGAAAGAAGUCUGUAGGACUCCAUAUGACUUUCUUCUUGGGCAUGAAGAAAAAUAAUAAUAGUCAUAAUUAGACUUGUACUACAAAGGGAAAUGGUGAUGAGAUCCAUUAAAAAAGGGGAACUCACAUGUUAUCAUUUUACACUACACCAUUUUCUCCUGACAAAUCUCGAUGCCUCAACCCUAAAUCAAUCAUCAUGCCAAAUGGGACAUUAGUUAUUAGCCUAAUAAUAUAUGAUUACAAUAAAGUAGACUUGCAGCCACAGCCCACAGAUAACUAAAUUCAUGCCAGAGCUGUACAUACCAACUUCGGAUAUAGAAUGGAGUAACAGCUAAUGGAGACAAAUUCAAUUGGCAUUUGCUUACCAAAAUCCAAAUUGUUAGCAUAGUUUAUAUUUUUUAGUGAUCAUUAGAUCAACAUCCUCAUCGGUCAAUGGCAUAACGAGAAGGGCGCGAAAAUAGAGUCAAAGGAUUCAUACAUAGGUCUCUUUUGGGACAUUCGAUGAAAUUGGAACGAUAUAGAGAACAUUAGCAUGGUCCUGCAUAAAGAAUACACGCAUAAAUCGGCUUAAUCAGAUAAUGUCACCAGCUAUCAUUAUAAUGCAAUGCAGCUGAGCUACAGAGAACCCCUGAAGAAAAAUGUAAAAGGGGU